CAUGAGGUAGAGCUUUGAACGCCUCAAGCUUAUAACUUCAUCGCUCUCGAUUGUUUCCCCAGGACCGCCAGUCAAGAUACCAAGGAGUUGAAGGUACAUUUCUGCACAAGAUGGCAAACUUUCUGAGAGGCGUAUAUUCAUCCGCCAUUCCUCUCGGCAUCGCUGCCGCGCUCGUACAAUCCAGUAUCUACGAUGUCAAGGGAGGCACGCGGGCUGUCAUCUUUGACCGUUUGUCAGGAGUGAAAGACACAGUUGUGAACGAGGGCACACAUUUCUUGAUUCCUUGGUUACAGAAGAGCAUCAUCUACGAUGUACGAACAAAGCCAAGGAACAUCUCAACUACAACUGGAUCCAAGGAUUUGCAGAUGGUUAGCUUGACCUUAAGAGUUCUGCAUAGACCAGAGGUGCAGCAACUGCCAAAGAUCUAUCAGAACCUCGGCCAAGACUACGACGAGAGAGUUCUCCCAUCCAUUGGCAACGAAGUCCUCAAGUCUAUUGUUGCCCAAUUCGAUGCCGCAGAGCUCAUUACCCAGCGUGAAGCUGUCUCCAACCGCAUCCGAUCAGACCUCCUCAAGCGCGCACAAGAAUUCAAUAUCGCUCUCGAAGAUGUCUCUAUUACACACAUGACGUUCGGCAAGGAGUUCACCAAGGCCGUUGAGCAGAAGCAAAUCGCCCAACAAGAUGCUGAGAGAGCAAGAUUCAUUGUCGAGAAGGCAGAGCAGGAGAGACAAGCAAACGUUAUUCGAGCAGAGGGAGAAGCAGAGUCUGCAGAGACGAUUUCAAAAGCUGUGGCGAAGGCAGGAGAUGGCUUGAUCAUGAUCAGAAGGAUUGAGGCAAGCCGGGAGAUUGCACAGACUUUGGCGUCGAAUCCAAAUGUGACAUACCUGCCAGGUGGAGGGGAGGGUGGAAAGGAUGGUGGCAAAUUCUUGCUGGGAUUGAGAUGAUGAAGACAUGAAAUGUGUACGAAUAGAAGCAUAAAAAUGUAAUAGCUCUCCUCUAUUGGGACAAAAGGCGCAGGUCGGGCAUCUUUAAUGGAGAAAAUGUAUGCCAGGGACGGAAACUCAAGGAUCUUGAC